CUUCUCUUCCCUUCCCUCUUCGCGUCGGCGAUUCAAUCCUCCUCCGAGAAGAGGGGAACAAACCCUAGAGCGCAGCAGCAGCAGCGAGCGAGCGCGCGCGCAUCCGGACCUCGUCGGCAAUGGCUGCGUCGGCGGCGAUCCUGCCGGACCUGGCCACGCAGGUGCUGGUCCCGGCCGCGGCCGUGGUCGGCAUCGCGUUCGCGGUGGCGCAGUGGGUGCUGGUCUCGAAGGUGAAGAUGAUGCCGGUGGAGCGGCGCGGGGAGGGGUCCGCGUCGGGGCCCGGGAAGAACGGCGGGGCCAGCGAGUACCUCAUCGAGGAGGAGGAGGGGCUCAACGAACACAACGUCGUCGAGAAGUGCUCCGAGAUCCAGAACGCCAUCUCCGAAGGAGCAACUUCUUUCCUGUUCACCGAAUACAAGUAUGUCGGACUAUUCAUGGGCAUUUUUGCGAUCCUGAUCUUCCUCUUCCUUGGAUCUGUUGAGGGAUUCAGCACAAAGAGUCAGCCUUGCCACUACAGCAAGGACAGGAUGUGCAAGCCUGCCCUUGCUAAUGCUAUCUUCAGUACUGUUGCCUUUGUGCUUGGUGCAGUCACCUCUCUUGUAUCUGGUUUUCUUGGAAUGAAGAUUGCAACUUAUGCAAAUGCCAGGACAACCCUUGAGGCAAGGAAGGGUGUUGGGAAGGCAUUCAUUACUGCUUUCCGCUCUGGUGCUGUGAUGGGUUUCCUGCUUGCUGCGAGUGGUCUUGUUGUUCUUUACAUUGCUAUCAACUUGUUUGGAAUUUAUUAUGGUGAUGACUGGGAGGGUCUUUUUGAGGCUAUCACUGGGUAUGGUCUUGGUGGUUCUUCUAUGGCCCUUUUUGGCCGUGUAGGUGGUGGCAUUUACACCAAAGCUGCUGAUGUUGGUGCUGACCUUGUUGGGAAAGUAGAAAGGAACAUUCCUGAAGAUGACCCGAGAAACCCAGCAGUCAUUGCAGAUAAUGUUGGUGACAAUGUUGGAGAUAUUGCUGGAAUGGGGUCGGAUCUCUUUGGUUCCUAUGCUGAGUCAUCUUGUGCUGCUCUUGUUGUUGCCUCAAUCUCUUCUUUUGGAAUUAAUCAUGAAUUCACUCCUAUGCUAUACCCACUCCUGAUUAGCUCAGUUGGUAUCAUUGCUUGUCUCAUAACCACACUUUUCGCAACUGAUUUCUUUGAGAUCAAGGCUGUCGAUGAAAUAGAGCCUGCCCUCAAGAAGCAACUUAUAAUUUCCACUGCUGUGAUGACGGUUGGCAUCGCACUUGUCAGUUGGUUAGGUCUGCCAUAUUCAUUCACAAUAUUCAAUUUUGGUGCUCAGAAGACUGUGUAUAACUGGCAACUUUUCUUGUGUGUGGCGGUUGGUCUGUGGGCUGGACUAAUCAUUGGAUUUGUCACAGAGUACUACACAAGCAACGCCUACAGCCCAGUGCAAGAUGUUGCUGAUUCCUGCAGAACCGGAGCUGCUACUAAUGUCAUCUUUGGCCUUGCUCUGGGAUACAAAUCAGUCAUUAUCCCUAUUUUCGCUAUUGCUUUUAGUAUUUUCCUCAGCUUCAGCCUUGCUGCAAUGUACGGUGUAGCUGUGGCUGCCCUUGGAAUGCUCAGCACGAUUGCUACUGGUCUUGCCAUUGAUGCCUAUGGGCCUAUCAGUGACAAUGCUGGAGGAAUUGCUGAGAUGGCUGGCAUGAGUCACAGAAUCCGUGAGAGAACUGAUGCUCUGGAUGCUGCAGGAAACACCACUGCUGCUAUCGGGAAGGGUUUCGCCAUUGGCUCAGCAGCCUUGGUGUCCCUUGCCCUCUUUGGUGCCUUUGUGAGCCGUGCUGCGAUCUCCACUGUCGAUGUUCUGACGCCUAAAGUUUUCAUUGGACUGAUUGUUGGAGCUAUGCUCCCAUACUGGUUCUCUGCAAUGACCAUGAAGAGUGUUGGCAGUGCAGCGCUCAAGAUGGUGGAGGAAGUCCGCAGGCAGUUCAACACCAUCCCUGGGCUCAUGGAGGGCACCACCAAGCCUGACUAUGCAACCUGUGUGAAGAUCUCCACUGACGCAUCCAUCAAGGAGAUGAUUCCGCCAGGUGCUCUUGUCAUGCUUACCCCUCUCAUUGUUGGGAUCUUCUUUGGUGUUGAGACCCUAUCAGGACUACUUGCUGGUGCUCUCGUUUCUGGCGUUCAGAUUGCCAUCUCUGCAUCAAACACUGGUGGUGCCUGGGACAACGCGAAGAAGUACAUCGAGGCUGGUGCAUCUGAGCAUGCAAGGACCCUUGGCCCGAAAGGCUCAGACUGCCACAAGGCUGCUGUUAUCGGGGACACCAUUGGGGAUCCUCUCAAGGACACCUCAGGCCCCUCGCUCAACAUCCUUAUCAAGCUGAUGGCUGUCGAGUCACUCGUGUUUGCCCCCUUCUUUGCCACUCAUGGAGGCAUCCUUUUCAAGUGGUUUUAGAUGGUGACGGUAGAUGGAUGAGGACAUUAUUUUUGCCAGGAGGGCACUGGAUCAUCUGUAUGUUAUAGAGUUCAUCGGGUUAACCCAUAAAAUUCCCUCCUUUUCCUAUUUGUUGUUACUGUCAUGCCAUACCUGUCUAGUUUUUGAGUCUAGUAGUAGUCGAAGGUAGCAGAUCACUGGCCAUCUACAGGUUUGAUCAAGGUACCGUGAAUUUGCGUUUCCCUGUAGGUUGGAUGAUAUGAUGAUGAUGAUGAUGAUUGUAUGUUUACGGAGUGCACCUU